AUUUGUGCUUUGGGAUGAUGAGCAGAAGUAACAUUGAUAAUUCCUAUGGCCCCACAAUGGAGACAAUGACGCACAUGGAGGAGAAAUUCCAACAGUUCCUGGAGUUCUGCAGAAGUAAUUCCUCCAAUCCUGGAAUUUUGAAGUUGAUUGCAAAACGUUAUGGAGAAGCCGAUACAAGCUACAAAGAAUCUCAGGAGUUUUUGGAUCUUAUAGAAAAUACCAAAUCCCAACUAAGGGUUGACGGUGCAAGGUUUUUUGUGCAUCUCAGGGACUUUCUAGCAAUCCUUAAAGAUAAAAAAGAGAAAGUUGAAAGAACAAGUGAGUUUAGUGACUCUGAUGAAAGCCAGACAGAAGAAACCAAUGAACUUAAUUCAGAUAGCAAGAGGAAAAAAAGAGCUGAAAGUGAUAGUGACUCUUCUUCAAAGCAGUGUUCAAAAAGACAAAGGGUAUGUUUUCAAUCUGAUAGUGAAGAUGAUCAAGAAUCUUAUGUGAAAGAAAAUGAGAAAGAUGACAUUGCUAACAAAGAUGAAGACAAUAAUGAUGUAAUUGAAGAAUCAGAGCUAGAAGGUAAUGAACAAGACAUAAGUGGAACCACUGAAAAGGCAUUUUAUGAUGCAGACUUUGAACCAUCCUUACCAUCAUUAAAAACUAAAUCUCAGGAACCACAUGAACAAGCAGACGAGGGUGAAAGUGAAUAUCUUGACACAAUAGAGUCUGGUCAGCCUUUGGAUGACAGUGAGAAAGACAAAAUUGACUGUGUUGAAGUUCUGUCUUCUGUGAAGACAACACACAAACAAAACGAUAGGGAUCUUGAUUCUGGAAAAGAUCUUGACAUCUCAGAUGAAGACACAAAAAGUCAAGCUAUCACCAAACAUAAUGAUAGUGGGGAAAAUGAAAUUGAAAUGGAAACUAGUAAAGAUGAACAAGAUCAUAUCAAGACUAGUCAGGAUGUAGUUAAUGAAAGCCAGGAAAGUGUUUAUAUAAUAGACAAUACUCCACCUAAAAAAACAGGUGAAUUUACAAAUAAAAAACCCAGCCAAGAACCAAAACAAGAUGUUAUGGACUGUUCAAUUGAAAUCUUGUCUGAUGUCGAUGGAGACAUUAUUGUUGAAAAGAAUUCAGAGGAUAAGGAAAAAAAUGAAAUGACCUGUACAAAUAAACAAGAAUUAAAUGAUGAAAUUGCAAUUCUUGAUUCUGAUGAUCAUAUAGAAGACCAAGAAACUGAUGGAAAUGCAGAUAAGACUGCGAAAAAGAGUUUGAAAUAUGAUGACACUUCUUCUGAUGAUAGUGAUCCUGAUUAUGCGAAAAAGGCUAAAAAGUUUAGAGAAAAAUGUAAAAAAAAGUACAAAGUUAGUGUUGGGAAGAAGAAGAAUGUUCUGUUGUUUACACCUGUAAAGAAUGAUGAGAAAAAAAUCAACCUUAAAAGUCCACGAAGAAGUUAUGGAAUGUCUUUAGAAUUCAGGAAAGAUAAUGAAAACUACACUCCUAAGCGAAAAAAGAAAUCUAGUCCAAGAAAAGAUAAAAGUCCGAAGAAAUCUCCAAAACAAAACGAUUUUAUAAUAUUAACUGAAAAUGAAUCGAGUGAUGAUGAAAUCAUGUGUGUGGAAGAUUUGAAGAAGAAGAUACAGAAGAAGGAAGAUGACUUCUUGAAAGAUAAGUUUAAUAUUGAUGAUGAUCCUUUCAUUAUGGUGGAAAAGAUUCCAGUGAAAUUUGAACACUCUGAUAUAGACAUGAACAAAGAUUUAGAUACUGCUGAUUUUGAUGAUUAUACAAAUGAACUGGAUGAUUAUUCAGAGAAGAGAGCGAAAGCCUCAGAUUUAGACAAAAAUGAUGAAAGAGUUGUAACAUCUGAAACAGAUUGUGUAAAUCAGAAACAAGAAUGCGCAGACGACGACAAGAAGGAUAUAGAUGAUACACACAAGAAGAGUGAUGAGGUCUAUUCUCAUGUUUUAACAGAGUUGAAAAACAAAAUAGAAAAGCCUGCUGAGAAGAAAAGAGCUAAAUUAAUAACUCUUGACACAAGUGAUGGUUAUAACAAGAAGUUUAUAAAUGAAGAUGAUGUAAAAAUGGACGAAGUUGCUGGUGAAAUUGCGAAUGAGCCUGAUACAUCAGUACACAAAGGAAAAACAAAAUCUCCAUUAUUUUCAAAGCAUUCCAGUAGUGAUCAGAGUAAGAAACAUGUAAAACAUUCAAGUGAUAAGCAUAACAGUCCUGAUGCAUUACACAAGAAGAAAGAAGAGAGGAGUGAUACAGAUAAGACAAAAUCCCCCCGUCCGGGUACCAGUACAGAAACAACUGAGGAGGGGCCUAAAAAGGGGUCAACCAAGCAGAUCCGAAGGCUGGAAGCUUUAUUGGAGCAAAUCCGUGACCAGAUAGAGAAGGUGCGUUCCCGGGAGCUGGACCUUGAGGAUUUGGACAGUGACAUAUCUGACUAUAUUCUGGAGGAUAAACUCCAGAGGAAGUUUGUCAAGGUGUACCAGAAGCUAUGUGAGCUCCACAAGGCAGAGAGCUAUACAGGAAGACCCACAGAAAAGUAUUUCAGAUACCAAGGUACCCGAUAUGAGGCAGUGAAUCGUAAAAUCGAGCGGUUCAUAAACAAGAAGAAGGUGUUUCCUGACUACCAUGAUAUCAGGGGGCUUAUUGUGAAGGUCAACAAGGCCAAGAGGCUUAACCUUAGGUUACGUGACAUAGAUGACCUGGCACGGGAGGCAUUCACUGACGUUGGAAAUCAGCUGCAGAAACGACGACAGAAGGACUUCAUCUCCAACUUUCACUUCCAGGGGUCAGAGGUCAACGCAUUCAGUGUGUACGAUGACCCUGCACUGAUCGAUACCGACCUCAAGAAGAAGUUGGACCACAACAAGAAGGAAGCAAAGUCUAAAAUGGACCAGGUUGUUGAGAAGUAUGCUUCCCUGCAGUACGAAGUUGGAGAUAAAACAGACAAUGAAGGAGAGGAUGAUGAUGAAGACAACGCUGAUGAAGCUGAUGAGGACCCUCUUGCUGGGGUAGAUGACCUUGAUGAGUUUGAUGAGGCUGUUGACAAUGUUCUUGAAACUAACAGGCAUGAAGGAAAACAUUCCAGCGAGAACAAUAUUAGCGGAUUUAACAAGGAUGGGAGAAAGUUUGGAGGCGGUGCAGCUUACACAGGGGAGAUUAAUGACUCUGGUUCCUCAAAGUCUCCAGCAUUUGCAGGGUGGCAGACAAGCUCGAGCGAUGCUUCCCGGGAGUCAGGGGAGAUUAUCGUGGGCUCUGGUAACAUGCUGGGCUGUAGUCCUUGUAUAGAAAUAGAUCUCACGUCCUACAAGCCAGAAACCAACAAGAGUUCAGAAAACGUUGAAAGUGGGGAAAGAAAACGCUUCAUGAGCCCCGGCACCUCACUAGCUGAUGAACAAUGUAAGGAGAUUCCAUUCAACGAAGUUCUUGGACUGAAGAGGAAAGAUGUCUCAAGUGACACAGUAGCUGAUAAUAUAGAACAGAAGAAACAAAAACUAAGCGAUGCGAUAAACCUGAAUGAUGAAGAGAAACCGCAUACAGAAGACACACUUGGAAAGAGUGAUUCUUCCCCUGUGGUGAUUCUUAGUGAAGAUGUUGAUUGUGAAAUGAUUGAUGAAGAAACAAUGGAGACGGAGGGUAUGGAAAAUAGCAUGGUCAGUGAAGAUGGAGUAGAAAAUUGCUUAGUCAGAGGAGAUGAAACGGUAGAUAGCGCAGUCAGAGGAGAUAAGAAUCCAGAAAAUGCUUUUGAAACUGAAGCAAAACUCAAUUCUUCAGCAACAAUGGACAUUGAAAAUUCUGAUGAAAGUAAAGUUGAAAAAGCUAAGAGUGAUAUAGAGUGUUUAACGCCGGAAAGAAAAAGUGGAGUUGAGAAAACAACUAAGAUUGAUGCAUGUAAACAGGUUUCAACACCUGAGAAUAAGAAGGGAACAACAGAGCAUAGGUCAGCUGAGAAAGGUAAAGUGAAGACGAAGGAUCAGGUGGUCAAGCUGGCUCAUAGUAGAGUUCACACUAUCAUGGUGACCAUAUUAAGUGAUGAUGAUGAAGACGACGAUGAAGAGAUGAGGACUGAUAUCAGUUCAGAGAAGGGUGGAAUGAAACCGUCUGACCAACAGAAGAAUAGUGAAGAAGGGGGGAGUUAUUCUGAAAAAGUCCAGAAAGAGGAACAAACAGACCAUUUGCAUGAACAAACAAGAGGGACAAAAGAAGUAAAAUUCUCAGGCAUAAAUGAUGAAGAUCAGCCUCAGGGUUAUAUUAAAGGUUUAGGUGAAGAGCUUGGUGAAGAUGUUAUUGAUAUUCAAUCAGAUGAUGAUGAUGAUGAUGUAAUUGUCUUUGACAGUUCAAUAUCAGCUAACAUGAAGUCAUCUUUAUCAGGAAAUGCUCACAUUAAUGUAUCUCCCAAAAUAAAUACCUCAAAUAAAGCAUUAAAUGUAAACAAUCAACAAAUAAAAACCUCCCCUAUCAUGCCAUUUCAGUCGUUUAUGUGUUCACAGGCUGAAACAAAUUUAACAAGGAGUUCGCAUGCACCUGUAAAAACCUCACCUACACAAUCAUUCAAAACCGGCUCAAGCGAAAAAGCAAGAGGUGAAAAGUUGCAGACAUCUCCUGGAUCAACUGCCAGCUCUGGUUCGCCAACUAAGGGCACUUCAAAAGUAUCUCCGCCUAAAAAUGCUUGUUCACCAAAAUUCUCAUGGAACACAACAAUUGUCACACCCACUUAUCCCCAUGAAAAGAAAAACAUAGAACCUUCAAAGAGAGUUUCCCAGUCAAUGCUGGGAGGGAACUUCCAGGAGCUGGUGACAAAGUUGAACAAUUUAAACAAGUUGAAGAAGACGUUGACAGAAAAAGGUUUGCAAAAUCAAUCAGGCAAUAUUAAGAAACAAACCACAGACAUUUCUCCUCCUUUGCAACGCUAUGUCAAACAACAUCACCCUGAAGGACGGCGGUCAAAUCUUCCACAAUUUAAAUCACAAAAAUGUCUUUCAACAGAAUCCAAAACCAUAAUUCCCUCGACAUUCCAUCCAACCCAGGUUCAGAUAUUGAAAGUCAGAACUGUAAAAAGUGGUAGUGGCACAGGUUCAUUUAGUAAGGGAUUUAAAGAGACUAAACAUCGUGGCAUUGAAGAUCCGCGGAAGAAAAAAUCUCAUACACACGCUGAUUCGGCCGAUCUCAUUGUGAUUGAUAAUGCUUGUAGUAAAAAGAGCUCUCAUAAGCAACAGAGACAAUUGAAGCGUUCAGACAGUGAUGUUAUCAUUAUUGAACCAAAUGAGGAUGAUAUAAAAGCAAAGAAUCAGGGAAAAUCAGAUAAAAUCUCAGGAUUGCUUGAUGUUAAGAUUGAGAAAAUAGAAGGAAAUUACGGUGCACAGUUUUCUGUAAAAUCCAAAAAUUCCGAACCUCCCUCAUCCAAUGAAACUGUUGGAAACAAAUGUGCUGUAGAGAUUUCUGAGACUUGUAUUCAGCAGUGCAAUUCUUACAGUUUAGAAAGUGUUUCUGAUAUAUUUAAUGAUAUAACUAGUUCAGAUGAAAAUGAUGUUGAAAAUUUCAGUCCAAAUGUCAAAGAGAUGCAAGAUUCGGUUCAGAAUAACAUCACUGUUGAUAAAUCCAAAAACAAUUCUGUGAACAAGGGGAACAAACAAGACAAGUGCAAUAUAACUAGAGAACUGACUGAAGUAGAUAUCCAAUUAGACAAAGAAAGAAAACCCAUUAAACCUAACAUUAUUGAUGCUGAGGAAAAAUCUGAGAAAAAACAUGACAGUGAAGAAGAAAUUUCCAGUACUGUAAGUGAUGACAGUCAGGUUCGGAUGGUUAAACUGAAUAUUCCGGCAAACAAUGAAAAAAAUGAUAAACUUGUAACCACUCAGGACAGGAAGGAGGGAAGAGCCUCUGGUCCCAAGAUUUUAAAGCCUUCUUUUACUCCGAAGAUUUGUAAAAGCGAACAGCUUUGGUCUGAUGAUGAAAAUGCCGGAUUAAUUGAGAGCUACCAAGAGCCAGACUCAACAGGCCCUGUAAUUGUUUUGUCAGAUUCAGAGUGAUCAUUUUUGUCAAAUCAAGAGGUUGGACCCACAAAUAUGUGAAUUAUGCAUGCCUGGUGAAUCCAUGUUAUCUUUGCAUUAUUUUUGAAGAGUUUUGUGUUAAGAAAAAGAAAGUGAAAAAAAACAACCUAAAAUAUAAAAAAAAAAUUUCAUCCUUCAAAGAUUGUAAAAUAUUUUUUAUCAGAUUUUAGUUGAUAUAAAGAGAAAUGAAAGUUAAUAUGCAAACUGUAAAAGCAUUAUGUAUAUUGUACUUUUGGCCAUUUAUUGUACACAUUAGUUAUCAGCGAUGAGAAAUCUUUCAAAGUGUACAAAAACUGUAUUGGGUGAUGAAAUUAAACAUGGUAAAUGGAGUCAUCAGAAAAUGAGCUUAUUAGUGGGUCCAAUUCCUUGAAUGGUGUGUAGGGCCUAUUUUAUUGAAGGAUAUAUUUAAACCUCUGGUCUCAAAUGGCAACUAGGUUGAUUUUUUAUUGCCGAAAAUGUGUUCAUUUUUAAGAUUUCAGAGAAGUCGCACCACUUUGAGCUCGUACCACUUAGAAGUCAACCAUAAUUCAGAGAAGUCGUCCCUUAUAUGCGUUAUUUAGUAAAACUUCAAUGUUCUAUAAUCUUUACAUGAUUCAGUAUUUUGAUAUUUGUUAGUAAAUAUCAUAUUGAUGAAUAUCAUAUUGAAUUCAUGUAUUUAUUUCAUUAUUUCUGAAUUAAGGCCCAAUUAAGAACACUUAUAUUGCAAGUUAUCAAUAAAUCUGCAGAAAAAACUAUCUGCUGUUCACCCUUUACCUGCAUACAGGAUACUUCUGGGAUAUAACAUAUCUGGGCCGACUUUCCAAAUCUUGUACGACUUUGUAUCGGUACAAGUUUGUAUUGGUACGACUUCUCCUGUUAACAUUUUUAACUGCUAAAGUUCAUCGUUACUGAAGCGGGCCCUUGGCUCUGAACAAUUUCUUGAACUUUUAUGUGCAAACCAGGUGUCAACAAUGUGGAAUGCUUUUACAUUUUUACAUUCUACACAUACUGAAUUAAAAUACAUUUGAAGCUGACAUUGGACUGAUUGUUGAGAACUUUGUUAAAGUUAACAAUGGAAUCAACGAUGUUGUUAACUUUUAGACCAUUACUGUAUGAUGGUGUGCUCACAUAUUAAACUAUUUAAACACGUAAAGCUGAAACAGUGGUCUCAAAUCUUGUUAGAAAUACAGCAGAUCACAAGUAUACGCAUUAAACUUCCAGAGCGGUAAUGAUUUUGACAACGAUGAUGUUAAACUGUUCUGAACAAUUGGCCAAUUCUGUAUACAUCUCGAGGGCAUUUUCCUAGAAUUGAUCGACAUUAGAAUCUUCCUUGUUAUAGCUAAUAUAUAAUCUUAUGUCACAUCAACAGAAAAACAGCAAAGAUAAAGUGGACAUUACAGUCUGCGAAUCUUUGGUUGGCAUACAUUGGGUAUUACAUGAAUUUAAUGUCAAUCUGUAUCAGGUUGUUCUUUGAUCUGGUCAAUCUCUUCAUUAACGUUUUAGGCAUAUUCCUUUCUUUGUUUUGUAGUGUGGCGAGAUCUCGGUAUUUUGCUGAUUGUCCAUGGGAAAAUAUUUUCUUUUAUUUUUUUCUUGAAACCACUCAAUUUCUUUCAUUAUUGUAAAUACUAUUGUAGUUAUGAACGUGUAUUUGAAACAGUUGUAAAAUUUCAAAAGUAUUGGUAUGGGAACAUGUGUGUAAUAUUUGUCUGGAACAAAACAUACCUAUAUGGACACAGAAUAUUGGAGUGCAUAUAUCCCUCAAUUUAAAGAAAACAACCCUGCAAAUUAUGACAUUUUUAUCGAUCAUGAAUAUCCGUAGUUAUUUAUUUUUUAUAGUUGUCUUUAUAUGUAAAUAACUUCUUACCGUAUGCUCAAAAUUGUAAAUAGUUUUACUUGUAGAUAUUUAUUAUUAUUUGUGCCAUGUUUUUAACAUGCAUAACAGAUGGUACAUAUUUGAUGAGCUCGUCAAGGUAUUGUGUUAAUAUGAUAGUCUUGGUGUCGUUUGUGUGCAAGACCUAAACCUUGUUGAAAGUGUUGAACAUUUUCAGAUGAAACUUAGUAAACUUGCUGCCAGAGACAUUAAGGGCAUGUAAAGCACUGUCCAUAACUCUGGCUUUUAUAUUUGUUGGGUUAUUCCCCUUUCUGACAGAAAAACAACAGAUGGAGUGUUGGCAACUGCAUGUGGUGCUCUUGAAUAAUUGAGUUUAAAUUACUGAAUUUAUAAGAGGGUAUUGUUGUAAGGAAUAGCUGUUGAAAAAAGUUAGAGCUGUUGUACUAUAUUACAAAUUUUAAUGGUGUUCAAAAUUUUGUAGGUACAGGUAUUUUAGGCAUAAAAAACAAAAGUUUGUUUCCGGUUUCCUGACAUACCCUAGUGUUUGGCCUGGACUGUAAACCAUUUUAUUGCCUUGAAAUUUUUUUCUUGUCAUUUGUUGGAAUUUUUCUUUUAAAAGUACAAAAUGAAGUGGUUUGGGCUUUAAAAAUACCAGUGAUGCUUAUAUCGAUUGUAUAGAUGUUCCUAAGCAUAUAGUUUAUAUUUAUUGGUAACAGAAAGAAAAGACACAAUUUGACUUAUAAAUAGAAUUUCUGACCUACCUUCCCUAUUUUUGGAGGGGCAUUAAACCGGAAACAAACAUAUUAUUUUUGUACGCCUUUAGUAAUUAUGAGGGUCUCUUCUCUGUUUGUUUUUUAUUAUUGCUUUCUUUUAAUCAGGGAGAAAUUGUGGCAUUUAUAUAACUAUCAUGUAAUAAAACAUAAA